CCCAUCAUAGGCUAAUCAAUCCCCUCUCCGGCGCGCUUUCAAGCCAGGCUGAAGCCGCCUCCACGCAGCUCUCGGGCACUCAUUCCGGGCAUGGCUGUCUAAGGGCGCCCGCCUCUCCCGUCGUCCUUCCAAACUCUUUGGGGCAUCGGGAGCCCCGGGGCGUCGCAGCCCCCGAGGUCCCCGGGCUUGUGCCAUGCCAGGUCCAGACCGCCUGGCCGCUAUGCCAGCGCGGAGCAGCCGCGGAGGGCGGCCUGGAGGUUUCCCCAGGGUCGCCGCUUAUUAACCAUUCCGCGUGGCUUCCUCCGGAGGAAGAUGUGACAGCUCGCCCGAGGUCCUUCCGCCAUUAUUCACAGACUUCCAGCACAAGGAAAGAGCCUUCUAGACAUACACCCUCUAAGAUGUUUAUAUGGACCAGUGGCCGGACCUCCUCAUCUUAUAGACAUGAUGAAAAAAGAAAUAUUUACCAAAAAAUCAGGGACCACGACCUUCUGGACAAAAGGAAAACAGUCACCGCUCUGAAGGCUGGAGAGGACCGAGCCAUUCUCCUGGGAUUGGCCAUGAUGGUCUGUGCCAUCAUGAUGUACUUUCUGCUAGGAAUCACACUCCUGCGCUCAUACAUGCAAAGCGUGUGGACGGAAGAAUCGCAAUGUACGUUGCUUAAUGCUUCCAUCACAGAAACGUUUAACUGCACAUUUAUUUGUGGUCCAGAAUGUGAGAAGAACUCUCAGUAUCCCUGCCUGCAGGUCUAUGUUAACCUGACUUCUUCGGGGCAAAAGCUCUUACUUUACCACACAGAAGAAACAAUGAAAAUCAAUUCUGAGUGUUCUUACAUCCCCAAGUGUGGCAAGAACUUCGAAGAGUCUCUGUCCAUGGUGAAUGUGGUGAUGGAGAAUUUCAGGAAGUACCAGCGCUUCUCCUGUUUCUCUGACCCCUCUGGCAUCCAAAAGAACGUCAUCUUAACCAAACUCUACAGCUCCAACGUGCUGUUCCACUCACUCUUCUGGCCCACAUGCAUGAUGACUGGGGGGGUGGCCAUCGUUGCCAUGGUGAAACUCACGCAGUACCUCUCCUUGCUCUGCGAACGCAUCCAGCGCAUCAACAGAUAAGAGUCCAAGCCAGCCAGGACAAGGUUUUUCUUUGACGUGCAAAUACUGGUUUCUCUCAUUCUUCACCAAAGAACCUUAAGUUUGUAACGUGUCGUCUAUUAUGAGUUUCUUAAUUGAUUCUGAUACAUAGAGCAAUAACGCAGCUGCUGUUUGAUAAGCAAACGUGAUGUUUCUAUUCUGUAGAAGGCGGGGUGGAGCACCCCCACAGUUUGAUGUUGGCUGUUUUUAUCCCCUUGGGUUCGUUGGUCUGUUCGUUUUUUCUGGUGACACUAGGACUUCUUUCUUUCCCUCCACUGAGAUAGGAUACAGUGAACCAUUUGUCAAGCUUUGUCAAUGAAUGUGGUGUGGUGUAUUCUGUGUUCGGAGUCAUCAUCUCUCUCAGAGACAUCUCUGCAAUGUAUUUUGUCAUUCGUUGUUUACCGAAGCUGCAGCCAAAAACAAACAAAAAAAUCCCUUUUCUUUUUCUCCAAACCGAGCCCUCUAGCAAGAGAUGGGACCAGGAUACCUUCAGCAAGGGUAUUCAUCAUUUUCCUUGUAUCGCUACCAUAUCACUGUAAAGAUGAAAUAAAAAUGGUCACCUAUUUUUUUUAUUAUUUUUUACUCACAACAAUGUUAGCUUUUUAACAGGAUUGAAAAUGGAAGAAGCUCUGUUCUCACUUGUCAUUUUCUUGUAACCACUCUCCUUUAGGGAGACAAAGAAUAGCUUUGAUUCCAGUCUUGGACCUGCUAAGAGGGGAGGAGAUGAUACCAACAAAGGACUGCCUGUCCUAAGAUUUGAGUGAACGGUGACAGCCACCUUCAUAAGACUUGACUCGAGUGCACCCAUAUUGGCCCUGGAAGUCUCCCUUCCUAUUAAUUAUCACUAUCUCUCAGUGGAGCCAUUCAAUAGCAUCCACUAUUCUGGACACUAAGGCAAAACUAAUUGGAGUGCUUUUUUAAAGAAAACUAAAAAGUAGAUGUGUUAGGAAGGAAUGGUAAAAGAUUUCUAGGCAGGCAAAAGAAUGUGAUAUCUCUUACUUGAUCUGUUUUCUCUGUGGGAAUCUUAAAGCAAUGAACUCAGAAUGUUUCUCUCCCUGCAUAUUUUAUUUUUCUAUUUACAGUCCCUUUCUUUUGUUAUAUUUUAUAAGCAGUCGAGAUCUUUUUUUCUUAACUGACAUGUGAACUAAAUAACAGAUUUGAGAUUGUUUCUAUUAGCACCCUGAUUAAUUACUGUGUUCUGGGAAAUCAAUAAGAGAUUGAUUCUAAAUGAGAAUGUCCUGCUUCCCCCCCCCACCCCAAGCCUCAAUAACCAGAGGGAAAACACCAUCUUCAAUCAGUCUCAUCCAUAUUUAAGUACUUUUUUGUAAUAUAGUAUUGAAAAGUUUUUAGCUAAUACAAGGUUUUACAAAUCAUACUUGUGAAGUGAACAGUAAAAUUAAUCUGAUGAGGUGGAAAUUAAUCUUCAAUCUUGUAAUCCAUAGUUUGACUUUUCUUAAGCAAAUAAACCCCUGAGGUGUAAUCAAGGCUCUGAUGUAUAAUUAAAAAUAAAAAGAAAAAAUCCAUUAAAGCUGCUAGGUUUGAAUAGCUCUUGUGUUCUGAGUUUGCAAACAAAUGUUUAGCCACUGAAAAGUCCAAGAACCUAUAAAUUUGUGGCAUUGACUCUUUUUUAUGG